CAGAGAGACAGCCCAGAUCCAACAAGCUGCUUCUGUCCAGCCCUGCUCCUCCCCACUCAGCAAGGGCACUUGCUCUUCCCUAUUCUCACCAGAGAGGCACAAGCGCUCCGUCCCUUCCAGAGGCAGGCGGAGGGAAGAGAAAGGGUCUGUUGUUUUUCUCUCCUGUUUCUUGCUCCCUCUCUGCUGAUCACAAAGCUGCUGACCUGGUCAGAAAGCCCUGAUGGAAAUCCACCAGCGCUGGGCAGGCCCCUCCUCCUCCAGGGAGCUUGUCCUUGCCUAAUUUUUCUUCGUCCCGAUGAGAACAAAAAAGAGAGAGAGAGAAGAAAAGAAAAACCACAAACUUCCUUUGAAAACCAGCUUGUAGUCAGGGCCUGGAGCGCAUGCCCUAGACUCGGCGACUCAGGAAUCCUGAAGACUCUCUGAGUGACCUGGAGCACCUGGGCUCCGCCCCUGCCUGCCUUCACCCUCUCCAGUGCCCCCAGUACUGGGCGUGAGUCCGGAAGUGGCCACAACCAAGCCUGUACCGUCGCUCGCAAAGCUGUGUAAACCUGUAUAAGCUCAGGCGUUGACAGCUGGAAGGCAGCUGGCACUGGCAGACCCCCUCAUUGCACCUAUCUUCCCCAUCGCAUUGCCACAGCUGAACCCUCCUUCUCAAUCUUGGAACAGCACCCACUUCUUUAAGGUCCCUCUUUUGCAUCCCAAGCCUGGCUUAGGCAAGUCCCUGAGGUCAGUAAACACCUUCAGUGCCCCUCAGCUGAGUCCCUUUUGACUAUGGAACACCAUCAGCCUGAGGAUCCGACCCCUGGUAAGGCCGGGACUGCAGAAGCAGUCAUCCCUGAAAACCAUGAGCUUCUGGCAGGCCCACAUGAGCACCCUCAGAACGCAGAUGCAAGAGAUGCUGAUGGGGAGGCUGGAGAACGGGGCCAAGAUUUGCUGCGUGGCCAGUGUGGGGACAACCUUGAGUCCCCUCUGCCUGAAGCUAGCUCAGCUCCACUGGGGCCAACCCUUGGGACACUGCCUGAAGUAGAGACAAUGAGGGCAUGCUCCAUGCCCCAGGAGCUUCCUCAGUCCCCCAGGACCCGACAGCCUGAGCCAGAUUUCUACUGUGUCAAGUGGAUCCCUUGGAAAGGAGAACGGACACCUAUCAUCACCCAGAGCAGUAAUGGCCCUUGCCCUCUCCUUGCCAUCAUGAAUAUCCUCUUUCUUCAGUGGAAGGUGAAGCUCCCCCUGCAGAAGGAAGUGAUCACAUCGGAUGAGCUCAUGGCCCAUCUUGGAAACUGCCUCCUGUCCAUCAAGCCCCAGGAGAAGUCAGAGGGACUUCGGCUUAAUUUCCAGCAGAAUGUGGAUGAUGCAAUAACAGUGCUGCCUAAACUGGCCACAGGUCUGGAUGUCAAUGUGCGAUUCACAGGCGUCUCUGAUUUUGAGUAUACACCUGAAUGCAGUGUCUUUGACCUACUAGGCAUACCUCUGUACCAUGGCUGGCUUGUUGAUCCACAGCAGAGUCCUGAGGCUGUGCGUGCAGUUGGGAAACUGAGUUACAACCAGCUGGUGGAGAAGAUCAUCACCUGCAAACACUCCAGUGACACCAACCUCGUGACGGAAGGCCUGAUUGCAGAGCAGUUCCUGGAGACCACCGCGGCCCAGCUCACCUACCACGGACUGUGUGAGCUGACAGCAGCUGCUAAGGAGGAUGAACUUAGCGUCUUUUUCCGAAACAACCACUUUAGCACCAUGACUAAGCAUAAGAGUCACUUAUACCUACUGGUCACUGACCAGGGCUUUCUACACGAGGAGCAAGUCGUAUGGGAGAGCCUGCACAAUGUGGAUGGAGACAGCUGCUUUUGUGACUCCGACUUUCACCUGAGUCAUUCCCUGGGCAAGGGGCCUGGAGCAGAAGGUGGGAGUGGCUCCCCAGAAAAGCAGCUGCAGGUAGACCAGGACUACCUGGUUGCUCUGUCCCUGCAGCAGCAGCAGCCACAAGGCGCGGUGGGGCUCACCGACUUGGAGCUGGCCCAGCAGCUUCAGCAAGAGGAGUAUCAACAGCAGCAGGCAGUGCAGCCAGUGUGGACGCGGACACGGGCCCUGUCACCGCAGGGGAGAGGAGCCACAUCUGGACGCCCAGCUGGGGAGCGUCGGCAGAGGCCGAAGCACGAGUCAGACUGCAUUCUGCUGUAGCUCUGCCCCAGUGCCAGGCUGGCCUGCCCCUUCCAGAGGCUAUGGCUAGUUGGCUUGCUCCCCCACCUCCAUCCCUGAGAUGCGCUGGAUAACUUAUUUAUGGACUGUUGGGGAUCAGAGCAGGCGACAAAUGCCAGGGUCAGACUUGGUAAUGUCCUUGACCUCACGUGCUGCUGCCUUCUCUGCCUCCCACCCAGGUGGGUUUCUGGUUCUCAACUUCCAGCCCCUGAAUAGUCACACGUAUAUACAGACUAAGGCUCUGGGGUGAGGUCCUUAUCUGGAAUGCAUCUCUCCUGCUUCCCAUCCCUGCUGCCUGGAUGCUCCUGAUCACCUAGGCAGGCCUGUCUCCAGUUGUUUCAGAGCUUAAUUUGGGUUUCUAUCUCUGUUAUUUGUAAUGCCUUCGUGGGGUUUGGAAAUAAAACUUCUGGCCUGGCACGGUGGCUCACGCCUGUAAUCUCAACAGUUUGAGAGACUGAGGCGGGCGGAUCACCUGAGGUUAGGAGUUUGAGACCAGCCUGCCCAAAAAGGUGAAA